AAAAUCACAUUUUUCGCAAAUUUUCUUGCUAUUUCACUCACCAUGGUAGAUUGGGGCUUGCACUAUAAUUCCUAAUAUUUUUCAAUCAUUUGAUUGGAGUUUCGUUAAUGCAGUCGAAGGAUCAUGAAAAUAACCUUAAAAGUCUUGUACAAGGUUGCCACUCUUACAAACAACGACAGAAAACUAGGACGAGAAACCAAAACGCGAUAAAUAGAGAAAGUGAAAAGAAAGUGCAAGUUUGUUCAAUUGUGGGUGACGAAAUUGCACCCAUUUCCCAAAUUUUUCCCCCAAAUCAAACAUGAGGACGCUCAUUUCCACAUAACCUCGAAUUUGCAACAAUGCAAUCUUUUAUUCAGAAGACUCCAAUUGCACGUUUUUGCACCAAGGAAACAGUUAGAGUGCGUUUUGCGCCAAGUCCGACAGGCUUCUUGCACUUGGGGGGCUUACGAACAGCGCUUUACAAUUACUUUUUUGCCAAAUCUCGCAACGGUGCGUUUAUUUUACGUAUUGAAGACACGGAUCAAAGUCGCCUGGUCGAGGGGGCCAUCGAACAAUUGCAACGCGAUUUAGACUGGGCCGGGGUACAAAUUGAUGAGGGGCCAAGCACAGGGGGCUGUUACGGCCCCUAUAUCCAAUCCCAACGACUACACAUUUACAGGGGGCAUGUUGAGACUUUGCUGAACAACGGCUCGGCCUACCACUGCUUUUGCACCGAAAAACGACUCGAGUUGUUACGAAGGGAGGCUAUUCGAGUCAGGGAAGUCCCCAAAUAUGACAACAGGUGUCGCAGUUUAAACCCUCAAGAAGUGGGGGAGAAACUAGCGCAAGGAAUCCCAUCAUGUGUCAGAUUCAAGUUGGUAGCUGGGGUUCAAAGUUACCUUGAUUUGAUUUAUGGUGGUUUUAAUUACGAUGUUGCCGCGAAUGAGGGUGACCCAGUCAUUGUGAAAUCCGAUGGUUUUCCCACUUACCAUUUUGCCAACGUGAUUGAUGACCAUUUAAUGAAGAUUUCGCACGUUUUGCGCGGGGUUGAGUGGCAGAUUUCCACCCCAAAACACAUAAUGAUGUAUAGAGCUUUCAAUUGGGAACCCCCGCUUUUUGGACACUUGCCUCUGCUAAUGAACCCAGAUGGUUCGAAACUCAGUAAAAGGCAAGGGGAUAUCAGGAUUGGUCAUUACAGGGAUCAAGGGAUUUUCCCUUUAGCUUUAAUUAAUUUUAUUGCGAGUUCGGGGGGCGGUUUUGGGAAAGAUAGUGAGCAAAAUGUGAAACCAAAGUGUUACACUAUUGGAGAAUUGACACGACAGUUUGAUGUUUGUAGAAUCAAUGCACAUUCGGGUAAAUUAAUGCCAGAGAGACUCUUCGAUUUUAAUAGAUUAGAGUUGAAGCGAAAACUUGAAGACUCUGAAGAGGGGGAAAAACUAGUGGAAGAAGUGCGCGAAAUGGUGAAGAAACAUUUCCCGGGGGAUUCCCUUCAAUUGGGGUCAGAACACGUGAGAAAUAUUCUCCAUUGGUCGGUUAAUAGGGUCACAAAAUUGCCGGAUUUACUCUCAGAUGAUUUGAAAUUUAUCUGGGUUUCCCCCAAAAGCUACAAAAUUGCCGAAAAUGAUUUAGUUCCCAUCAGGAUUUUUGUUGAAAAGUUGGAUAAACAAGUGUUGGAACGUGACAAUUUGAAUGCUUUUUUUAAGAGUUUUUGCAAGGAACAUCAACUCAAAUUCGGGAGUUUCAUGAAGACUUUGAGGUCACUUUUAAGCGGGUUGAAGGAGGGGCCAAGUGUUGCCGAAAUGAUGGAGAUUCUGGGCAAAGAAAACACCAUUGAACGUCUCCACGCGUGCAUAAAAAACAACAAAUGAGAUAAAUAUAUUUAAUAUCUUUCAUUGUAAUACAAUUAUAACAAAAAGAUUAAAAAACAUAGUAAAAAAUUCAAUUUA